AGCUCCCAGCCUGGAGCCUAAGCAUACACUGCAUUAAUCAGACUUGCUGGAAUGAUCACAUGGUUUUCUAGCUGCCUCCCCUGUUAGCUACCGCUUGUCAGCAGCUGGCGGAGCUGGAGGCUGCAGGCCCCUGUCUGCAGAAAGCCUUUUACUUCAGAAUACUGGGGAGUGUGGAAACCUUGCCUUUUUUUUUUUUUUUUUUCCCCUUGCGCUUUGCACCAUCUGACUGACUAAAUGGUUGUCCUCAGUACCAAAAAGGCUGCUGUACAAUCCAAGGAAAUUGCCUCUGACUAGGUCAUGUUUGCAUUUGAAGAAUUCAGUGAACAGAGUAUCUGCCAAGCGCGGGCUUCCGUGAUGGUCUACGAUGACACCAGUAAGAAAUGGGUACCAAUUAAGCCUGGCCAGCAGGGAUUCAGCCGGAUCAACAUCUACCAUAACACUGCCAGCAACACCUUCAGAGUCGUUGGGGUCAAGCUUCAGGAUCAGCAGGUUGUGAUCAAUUAUUUAAUCGUGAAAGGGCUGAAGUACAAUCAGGCAACACCCACAUUCCACCAGUGGCGAGAUGCUCGUCAGGUCUAUGGCUUAAACUUUGCAAGUAAGGAAGAGGCGACCACAUUUUCCAAUGCAAUGCUGUUUGCCCUAAACAUCAUGAACUCCCAGGAAGGAGGCCCCUCCACCCAGCGUCAGGUGCAGAAUGGCCCCUCUCCUGAGGAGAUGGACAUCCAGAGAAGACAAGUGAUGGAGCAGCAACAGCACCGUCAGGAGUCUCUGGAGAGAAGAACUUCAGCCACAGGGCCCAUCCUCCCACCUGGGCAUCCCUCAUCUGCAGCCAGCACCACCCACUCAUGUAGUGGACCUCCACCCCCACCCCCACCCCCAGUCCCACCUCCACCCACAGGGGCUACUCCCCCUCCCCCGCCUCCCCUGCCAGCAGGAGGAGCCCAGGGGGCCAGCCACGAUGAGAGCUCUGCAUCAGGACUGGCUGCUGCCCUGGCUGGAGCCAAGCUGAGACGGGUACAACGGCCAGAAGACGCAUCUGGAGGCUCCAGUCCCAGUGGGACCUCAAAGUCCGAUGCCAACCGGGCAAGCAGUGGGGGAGGUGGAGGAGGCCUCAUGGAGGAGAUGAACAAACUGCUGGCCAAGAGGAGAAAAGCAGCCUCCCAGACAGACAAGCCCGCUGACAGAAAGGAAGAUGAAAGCCAAACAGAAGAUCCCAGCACCUCCCCAUCCCCAGGGACUCGAACUUCCAGCCAGCCACCUAACGCCUCAGAGGCUGGCCGGAAGCCCUGGGAACGGAGCAACUCGGUGGAGAAACCUGUGUCCUCGUUGCUGUCCAGAACCCCGUCUGUGGCAAAGAGCCCUGAAGCUAAGAGCCCCCUUCAGUCGCAGCCUCACUCUAGGGUGAAGCCUGCUGGAAGUAUGAAUGAUGUGGGCCUGGAUGCCUUAGAUUUGGACCGGAUGAAACAGGAGAUCUUGGAGGAAGUGGUUCGUGAGCUCCAUAAGGUGAAGGAGGAGAUCAUCGAUGCCAUCAGGCAGGAGCUGAGUGGGAUCAGCACCACGUAAGACAGCGCCAGGCAUGGAGGACUGCGAGGAGCACACAGCGAGCUGUAAAGCUGGGAUAUACUUCACUUAAGUCUCAACCUGUGAUACAAUAUUAAAAUGAGGAAACAGUUCAACUCCUGGAUUUUUUUAGUCUGACACAGAACACCGGGUCUAUUCUUUUUUUGUAUUUUAUAUUUGCUUAUUUAAGUGUACAUUUCCUUGGUUUAUAGAGAACACCCCCAAAUCACCUGCUUCAUUAGAUGGCUUCCAAGUUUUCUCCUAGGUGAUGCUGUUGGCGCCUCAGCUGGCAGUGAGCAGCUGGGUGCAGCAUGAGCUGUCCAGACACAGCUCAGUCCUGGCAGCUGCGGUGUUACCAGUCUGUUCACGCAGUGCGUGUUAUGUCCACACAGUAAUAAACCGUUCACUAUCCACA